AUGUCGACAGUUACGAUACAUAUAUAUCCUGCCGACCCUCACUCUCUCCUCCGGGCCCUUGUCUAUUCCAUAAGAAGUAAAUGCAUUGACGAGUUACUUCCUCUCCUCAACACCUCAAAGCAGAAAAAUUUGGAGUGUACAAAUCGACCCCCCACCCCGACACACUAUUCAGAUUUAUCCCGAGUCUUGGCAACCAGGUGGGCUCUUGAAUCUCAAGAGCACGUCUUGAAUCACAAAACUCCCCACUUGAUUCUUCAACGCAAUGCCAACAUCAACAUCGUCAACUAUGUCGACAUGAAAAGAGAUCCCCUACAUAAGCACAAUAAUCACGCUUCUACGAUCUCUUCUCCCCACCAUCACCAUCAUCAUCUCUCUGCAGUUACCCAAGUCAUAUUCUUCUAUAGUAUCGACCAAUUCUACGUCUACUAA